UUUCGAAGCUUUGGUCUUGGGCGAAAGCAUGUCUCAGGAACGCGCUGUCCCGGCGAGCGCGGUUCCCCUGGAAGAAUUAAGUAGCUGGCCGGAGGAGCUAUGCCGCCGGGAACUGCCAUCUGUCCUGCCUCGGCUCCUUUCUAUGUAUCAGCAUUCUGACAGUUGGCUUGAGCAUAUUCAAAUUCUGAAAAUUAUUGUAGAAAUGUUUUUACCUCAUAUGAACCAUCUGACAUUGGAACAGACUUUCUUUUCACAAGUGCUGCCAAAGACUGUGAGAUUAUUUGAUGACAUGAUGUAUGAGUUAACCAGUCAAGCCAGAGGACUAUCAAGCCAAAAUUUAGAAAUCCAGACCACUAUAAGAAAUAUUUUACAGACAAUGGUACAGCUAUUAGGAGCUCUUACAGGAUGUGUUCAGCAUGUCUGUGCCACUCAGGAAUCCAUCAUUCUAGAAAAUAUUCACAGUCUUCCCUCCUCAGUCCUACAUGUAAUCAAAAGUACAUUUGUACAUUGUAAGAAUAGCGAAUCUGUUUAUUCUGGGCGUUUACACCUAGUCUCAGACCUUCUGCAGGCUCUUUUCAAGGAGGCCUAUUCUCUUCAAAAGCAGCUAAUGGAACUGCUGGAUAUGGUUUGCAUUGACCCUUUAAUAGAUGAGAAUGAUGACAUUUUGAAUAUGGUAGUAGUUAUUCAUUCAUUGCUGGAUAUCUGCUCUGUUAUUUCCAGUAUGGACCAUGCAUUUCAUGCCAAUACUUGGAAAUUUAUAAUUAAGCAGAGCCUUAAGCACCAGUCGGUUAUAAAGAGUCAGCUGAAACACAAAGAUAUAAUUACUAGCUUGUGCGAAGACAUUCUUUUCUCCUUCCGUUCUUGUUUACAGUUAGCUGAGCAGAUGACACAAUCAGAUGCCCAGGAUAAUACUGACUGCAAAUUAUUUCAGAAAACACUCAAAUUGUGUCGUUUCUUUGCCAACUCCCUUUUGCACUAUACUAAGGAAUUUCUUCCUUUCCUGUCUGAUUCUUGCUGUACAUUGCACCAGCUUUAUCUUCAGGUACACAGUAAGUUUCCUCCAAGCCUGUAUGCUGCUGGGAUUUCUAAAGCACAACAGGAGGAAAUAGCAGGUGCUUUCCUGGUCACACUGGAUCCACUUGUCAGUCAGCUUCUCAAAUUCCAACCUUUCGUGGAAGUGGUUUUGGACAGUGAAUUGGAGCUGCCAUGUGAACUACAGUUUCCACAGUGUCUACUGCUGGUUGUCAUCAUGGAUGAGCUGCCCUCUCAGCCUGAGGACGUGCAGACCCUGUGGUGCACAGAGACCCAGGUCUCAGAAGCUACAACCAGGGUGUCUCUACUCAAAGCCAUUUUCUCCAGUUUUGAGCAGUGUUCUGGUGAACUGUCUCUACCUGUUCAUUUACAGGAAGUAAAGAGUAAAGGGCAAACUGAGGUUGCUGUCACCUUAUAUCAGCAUGUUUGUGUUCAUCUGUGUACAUUUAUUGCUUCCCUUCAUCCCUCACUGUUCACUGAACUGGACACUGCUCUGUUGAAUGCUGUGCUUAGUGCUAAUAUGAUCACCUCUUUGCUAGCCAUGGACGCAUGGUGCUUCCUUGCUCGAUAUGGGACUGCUGAACUCUGUGCCCACCAUGUCACCAUAGUGGCUCAUCUGAUAAAAUCUUGCCCUGGAGAAUGUCAUCAGCUCACCAGCCUAUCAGUACUAUUGAGGCGCCUCUUCUUCUUCAUGACCCCACCCCAGCAGGUGGAGUUUAUCCAGAAAUUUUCCCCAAAAGAAGCAGAAAAUCUGCUUCUGUGGCAAUAUAUUUCCUUUCAGGCAUUACCUGCUGAGCUUAGGAAACAAACUGCACUUGAGGUCAGCAGAUCAGGCACUGCACAGUGCAGGAAGUGGCUAAGCAGCAGUCGAACGUUGGGAGAACUUGAGUCUCUGAACACAGUGCUCUCUGCUUUGCUUGCUGUAUGUAAUUCUGCUAGUGAAGCUCUGGAUAUGGGACAGCAAACUGCAGUUAAGGAAGUUGGGAGUCAGCUUUGGGCUCUUUUAAACAUUAAACUGGUAACAGGUCAACCUUAUGUUCAACAGACACUCUGCCUUUUACUUCCACUGCUGGGAUUUUUCAUUCAAACUCUAGAUCCUCAGCUGAUAAGUCAGGUAAUAACUUUGCAGACCUCACUACUCAAAUCAGAGCCUCCUGACCAUGUUCGUUUGGCAGUUCUUGAUUUUCUGUCUUCCCUGGGAAAACUUUUUAUACCUCAAGCCAUCCAGGACAAAAUUCUGCCCCACCUAUCUUCUGUUUUUGCCUUACUGCUAGCUGACAGGAAUUGGCUACUAGAACAACAUUCCUUGGAGGCGUUUACUCAGUUUGCUGAGGGAACAAAUCAUGAAGAGAUAGUUCCACAGUGUCUCAGUUCUGAAGAAACAAAGAAGAAAGUUGUAUCUUUUCUGGAGAAGACGGGGUUUGUAGAGGAAACUGCAGCUGCCAGAGUGGAACGUGUCAAACAGGAAAAAGGUACCUUCUGGGAGCCCUUUGCUAAAGUUACUGUAGAAGAAGCAAAGAAGUCAGCUUUACAGCCUUCUGCGAAAAGAGCCCGUCACGAGCUCCCCUUGGAAGAAGAGUACAGGUCAGCACUGCAAGCAGCAACAGCGGCCUUGGAGGCAAUCGAGUUAUUACUCCAAAAGUCUCCUCCUCCAGACUGGCUUCUGACAAAAAUGGAGAUACUCCAAGAAAGGAUUGAUAAGCUAAAACAUCAUGUAUUCUAGGGUGAAAACUGAAUGGACUGGACCAUAUUAAUUAUCGCUAGGUAAGAGUUGGAUGAUUUUUUCUGUCAUCCUACAGUGCAUUUCACCUAUAGAUGAAAAUAUUGAUGUAAUUAUAUGUCUGUACAUUUUCUAACACAUAAAACUUUUCUAAAGUU